AUGGAUUCGAGUGAUCCUAACCAAACUUUGGAUCAAUCCGCUGGAUCAAAUGGGACCAUCAACGGGCUCCCCAGUGGACAGCAGUUUCACCCAGCUGGCAUGCAGCAGCUUUUCAUUCGCCCCACACAGUUCGGUCAACAGCCACCGACGGGACUUACUCUUCAGUUCCCCGGGCAGCAGCAGCAGCAACAGCAGCAGCAGCAAUCAUCGCACCAGUUUUCACCUUCAUCCGACGCACUCCUCACCCAGCUCCUCCAACAGCAGCAAGCAUUUGCGACACAAAUGCUGAACCAGCAGCAAGAAUUCAUGCGGCAACAGCAGGAAAUGUUCCUCCGCACGCUGGCAUCGAUAAAUGUGCAGGUACCGUCCAACCCUGAGGUGAUCCUUGAUUCACUUUUUCACCAUAUCAAGGAGUUCAGGUAUGAUCCGGACAAUCACAUAACGUUCGCGGCAUGGUACGCGAGGUGCAAAGAUUUAUUCGAGCAAGACGCUUCCCGGCUCGAUGACGAUGCAAAAGUACGUUUGCUCCUCCGGAAGAUGGGUUCAGCCGAACAUGAACGGUAUGUGAAUUCCAUUCUUCCGAAACUACCGAAAGACCACCAAUUCGACGAAACAGUUCGGAAAUUGGGGGUCUUGUUUGGUGCUGCCGAAUCCCUUAUCAGCAAGCGUUACCGGUGCCUCCAAACAACGAAAAAGUCCACCGAAGAUUACAUUUCCUAUUCAUGCCGUGUUAACAAAAACGCGGUCGAUUUUGAGUUGAGCAAAUUAACAGAGGAGCAAUUCAAAUGCCUAUUGUUUGUUUGCGGUUUGAAAUCGGAGUGUGAUGGUGAGGUGCGUACUAGGCUGUUGGCGAAAAUCGAGGACCGGAACGAGGUUACCCUGGAGCAACUUUCGGAGGACUGUCAGCGGCUGAUGUGUCUAAAGAGAGACACAGCGAUGAUCGAAAUAUCAUCCGGAUCAUCAUCAUCAGUGCAGUUAGUGAAGCGGAAUCAGCAGCGAAUUCUGAAAAGUUUUCCGAAAAAGGUGAAGAAAAACAGUGCAAAUAAAAACAUUCCCCCAACCCCUUGUUGGAAGUGCGGUGCAAUGCACUACACUCGUGAGUGCCCCUACAUGGACCACAAGUGUAGUGAUUGCGGCAACAGUGGACACCGAGAAGGUUACUGUUACGAGGAAAAAAUGAAAGUGAACAACGUGCAACACAAAAGAAAAUUCGUGCAAGCUAGAUUGAACAGUGCAGAGGUGAAACUCCAGCUGGACACUGGAUCGGAUAUCAGCGUUAUAUCGAAGCGUGUGUGGGAGAAAAUUGGUAAGCCUCCCACCACCCCUGCACGAAAACAAGCCUUUACUGCUUCUGGUGCCCCUCUGCCACUGCUUCGUAAGUUCGAGUGUGACGUCAACGUUAACGGUCUGCAGCGCCGUGGCACAUUUUACGUGGUCGAUCAAUCGCUCAACUUACUCGGUAUCGAUUUGGUCGACGCGUUUGGAUUGUGGUCAGUGCCGAUUUCUUCGUUUUCGGCAUCUAGCACUUCACUACAGCGCCUUUCCACCCACAAUCGAACGAUUCGUGGACAGUUUUGA